AUGGACAUCUUCUCCCCGUCGCAGGUCUACUACGACGCGUGUGCGUCCUCUCCGGACAGCCUGGAGUUUGGCCCCGGCGCGGAGCUCGACGGCUCUGACGAGGACGAGCACGUGAGGAUCCCCGGGGCCCCCCACCAGCCGGGACACUGCCUCCAGUGGGCCUGCAAGGCCUGCAAGCGCAAGUCCAACUUUGUGGACCGCAGACGGGCCGCCACCAUGCGUGAGCGCCGGCGGCUGAAGAAGGUCAACCACGCUUUCGAGGCUCUGAGGCGCUGCACCUCGGCCAACCCCAGCCAACGCCUGCCCAAGGUGGAGAUCCUGCGCAACGCCAUCCACUACAUCGAGAGCCUGCAGGAUCUGCUCCGAGAGCAGGUGGAAAACUACUACGGCCUGCCUGGAGGGAGCAGCUCGGAGCCCGGAAGCCCGCUGUCCAGCUGCUCUGACGGCAUGGCCGACAGCAACAGUCCACUGUGGCAACAUCUGAAUGCAAACUACUGCAACAGUUAUUCGUACGCGAGGAACGAGUGUUCCGGCGACAAGGCCGUCGGAGCCUCCAGCCUGGAGUGCCUCUCCAGCAUCGUGGACCGGCUGUCCUCGGUGGAGAGCAGCUGCGGCCCGCCGGCUCUGAGAGACACGGCCACCUUCACCCCCGGCAGCUCCGACUCGCAGCCCUGCACGCCGGAGAGCCCCGGAUCCAGGCCCGUGUACCACGUCCUGUGA